AUGGGAAGUCGAAUCCAUGUCCACCCCAACGGCUCCUUGGUUAUCGAGGCAGUGACGGAAAAGGACGCUGGUGACUAUUUGUGUGUCGCAAGAAACAAACUUGGAGAUGACCUGGUACUGAUGAAAGUCAGUGUCACGAUGAGACCAGCCAAGAUCGACGAGAAACAGUAUUUCAAGAAGCUGGUGCUCUACGGAAAGGAUUUCAAAGUGGACUGCAAGGCCUCCGGGUCCCCCGCACCGGAGAUUUCCUGGAGUUUGCCGGAUGGGACGGUGAUCAAUAAUGCGAUGCUGGCAGACGACAGUGGACACCGGUCUCGCAGAUACGUCCUCUUUGACAAUGGAACUCUGUACCUCAACCAGGUUGGAGUAACCGAAGGAGGAGAUUACACCUGCUACGCUCAGAACACACUGGGAAGGGACGAAAUGAAGGUACGCCUGACGGUUGUCGUGGCAGCCCCCCAGAUAAAGCACAAUUACAAGACGUACGUUAAAGUGAGAGCUGGAGACAUGGCAUUGCUGGACUGUGAAGCUGUUGGAGAACCCAAGCCCAAAAUAUUCUGGUUGCUGCCUUCCAGUGACAUGAUCUCCUCGUCAACGGACAGACACCUCCUGCACGUCAACGGCUCGCUGUCCAUUAGCCGCGUCAGGCUGCUGGACGCCGGGGAGUACAUGUGUGUCGCUCGGAACCCCGGAGGGGACGAUACAAAACUGUACAAACUGGACGUUGCUGCUAAACCACCCAUCAUCAAUGGCUUAUACGUGAACAAAACCAUAAUGAAAGUGACGGCUGUGAGGCACUCAAAGAAACAGAUUGACUGCAGGGCCGAAGGGACGCCUCCCCCUCAGGUUAUGUGGAUCAUGCCUGAUAACAUCUUCCUGACAGCUCCCUAUUACGGGAGCAGGAUCGUAGUGCACAAAAACGGGACGCUGGAGAUUCGGAACAUACGGCCUUCGGACACAGCGGAUUUUAUCUGCGUGGCCCGUAAUGACGGGGGAGAGAGUAUGCUGGUGGUGCAGCUGGAGGUGUUAGAAAUGCUCAGGCGACCGAUGUUUAAAAACCCAUUCAAUGAAAAAAUAAUAGCCAAACCGGGAAGAACUACCACCUUGAAUUGUUCUGUGGAUGGAAACCCUCCACCCAACAUCAGCUGGAUGUUGCCCAACGGCACGUGGUUCUCCAGCGGCAUCAGGACUUCCCAGUUCCUCACAGGGAGUGGUGGCGGCACCCUCACCAUCCACAACCCUGACACGGACACAGCGGGGAAGUACCGCUGCGCGGCCAGGAAUCAGGUUGGCUACAUCGAGAAGCUGAUCAUCCUGGAGCUG